CUAAGUGACAAUUUACCCAAAAUGCAUUGCGAUUUUGAUCCUCUCGAACGCGCCAAGGAUUUCCCGGAAGUUAUUAGUAAUUCUUGCCUGCUUCAAAUAAACAUGUUGGACAGCGAGGUUUUUCAGACACAAUUAUCCAUUAUUAUGGAUACAUUGGUAACAUCAGCCGUUCGGGAGGUGUCGAGACUCUUAGAUGAGUGCUUUGCUGUUGUUAUGGGGAAUGAAGAGAAUCGUCUGCCAAAGAAAGAAAUACAACGCAUGAAUAAAGCCAAAACGAGAAAGUUUGCAUCAUUCAUGGAAAUAUUGAGUAAAUCAUCGGUAGAGAAAAUAGCUCUGCUAACUUACGUGGUCGAAUCGGAAGUGAGCGCAUUGGAGACAGACACUCCGGCGGGAAGGAGGGAAGAAAAUGCAAAACAUGAUGUGGAUCCUGACUCUGCCCCACUGUCCUCACCUGCUUCAGUUGAGGACUCGCUCCCUCUGGUUCAUCUCCCAGAAAACGAUAAUCUGAACUCCUGUACCCUGCCUGCAUCAGAACCAGACAAACGAGACAGGCAGCCCUUCAGCUGUUCUCAUUGUGGAAAAAAUUUCAAGUUGAGAUGUUUACUUAAUAAACACUUACGGAUCCACUCAAAACCCUAUAGCUGCUUGCAGUGCGGGAAGUCGUUUAGCUCAAAGAGGCGACUUGAGGAACACUCUAUGACACAUUCUGGAGAGAAACCCUUCAAAUGUACUGAAUGCGAUGCUGCGUUUCGCCAGAAAACCGCCUUGCAGUCGCACGUUAGGCGACACACAACAGAGAAAACGGUUGCAUGCGCAGGUUGUGAGAGAACGUUUCUAGGGGAGAAGGAGCUAGAGAGACACAAGUGUGGUAGUGAUGUAGAGAAGAACUUCAGCUGCUCUGUUUGCCCAAAGACUUUUAAGUGGAAACGAAGAUUGGUUGACCACGAGGCUACGCAUUCAGGAGAGCGGAAGUAUUGCUGUGAAACCUGUGGCAAACUUUUCUUUACCACUUCAACCUUAGCUGUCCAUAAGAAGAGUCAUGUACCAAAAGACAAUAACUGUACUCAAUGUACCGAACGUUUCAGCGACGCGGCGGCUCUCAGAAGGCAUAUGGGGGACAGCCAUCCUGGAGAAACGAGAGGGAAAUCUUUUGUCUGUGAUGUGUGCGGCAAAUGUUUUGGCCGAAAGUGCCAUCUCAAAAGCCAUAUGACUCUUCAUGGGGCGGAGAAACCAUUUUCUUGUGACAUCUGUGGCAAAAAGUUUAGUCAAAGUGCUAAUUUGAGCCGACACAAAGUUACUCACACAGGGCAGAAGUUGUAUUGCUGUGAAAUAUGUGGAAAACGUUUCACCCAGUCUGGAUCUCUAAAGAUUCAUAAAAUUCGGCACACUGGCGAAAGGCCUUACAAGUGUGAUGUCUGUGAGAAAGCUUUCUUCGAACCCUCCUCCUUCCGAAAUCACAAGAGACGUCAUCUGCAGUCCAGUUCAAAGCCUUAUGUCUGCAAUCACUGCGGGAAAGACUUUGAUGUGAAAAUGUCUCUUGAUCAGCAUGUGCGAAUUCACACAGGAGAGCAACCGUUCAGGUGUGACGUUUGUGGGGAAGGUUUUCGGUAUCAUCAUGCCCUGAAGAUUCACAAGGUCGCUCACACGGGAGAAAAACAAUUUAAGUGCGACAUUUGUGGGGAAGGUUUUCGGUAUCAUCAUGCCUUGAAAAUUCACAAGGUCACUCACACGGGAUUGAAGCCAUAUUACUGUAACGUUUGCGGUAAAGGCUUUAUGUACAACUUCCUCAAGAUUCACAUGCGCACCCACACAGGGGAGAAACCCUAUGAAUGUCGUCAGUGUGGUAAGAAGUUCAGACAAAAAAGUCACCUAAAAUACCAUGAGCGUGUGCACACUGGUGUCAAAGCAUUUGUGUGCAGGGACUGUGGGAAUGCUUAUGCUUGUAGACAUAACCUGAAAGUCCACAAGUGCAAGUUCACUUCAAAACCAGCUCCUGGAGAAGGAGAGGUUUGCUGAAGACAUCUGGGUUAAGGGAAAUGGCAGAGGUCUUGUGAAGGUUAAAAAUGUAACAAUGUUUGCACUAAAGAACUAAAAGCUAUGGAUUGAACUUCAGUUUAUGUUGACCUGUGUGACUGUUGGUUAAUGGCCUAAUGUUUUUUAGGAAAUGUCGAGUGGAAAUCCAAGAAGUGGAAAUAUAUUUUACAGUUAACCUGUUUUGGCCUGCUCAACUACAUUAAAUAAAGGUCUAACUAAACAUCA